CGAUUGCAUACAAGAGGAUGGAAGAAAGCAUUUGGUUCCUGUGGCUCUGUUGCCUGUGUCUUACAUUUGAAUAUACAUCAUCUUAUACAACAGAAACGCCUUCUCAAACCACAGAAACAUUCAUCUGCGGUAAUGGAUCACUAAUCACAUCUCCUGGCUACCCAAGUGAUUAUGGUAACAACAUAGACAUAACAUGGACGUUUAGUACCCACCCAGGCAGCUUACUCUCUAUUCAAUUCUACGAUUUUUAUCUCGAGGACUCCACCGAUUAUGUCUAUAUUAGCAGCGACGGAAAACAAAUUGCCGCUUACACUGGUUCCAAUUUGCCGCCAAUAACGGUGUCCUUAAUUAACAAACUGACGAUUGUCUUUACAAGUGAUGGCGGUGUAUCUUACAGAGGGUUUCAAGCUCAAAUAUCUAUGUAUCCGGAAACCUCAGAUGAUAUUUGUACCGACUUCGAUGACGGAUGGGACGGUUGGACUCACUUGUACCCCAGUUAUAAUGAUCAAUGGCUGCGAUCGUCUGAGGGGAUCGAUGGAUCUGGUCGGGACAAUCGCUACUCUGCAUCAGACGAUUAUUACAUUUAUGUUGAAUCGUCUACUGGGAACCGGUAUGGAUAUCUUGAAAGUCCAAGCACACCACCAACUUGGAGUAAAGCGUGUCUUCAAUUUUACUAUUAUAUGAGUGGAAAUUCAAAACAAUACUUAGGAAUAAUUCAUUAUUAUAACGAUAGUGAUCAUUCACCCCUGCUUUGGAAUUACGACGACUUCAGCAUCCAAUGGAAGCAUGCCAGCGUAAGUUAUGAUACCAAAGACGGUUUUAACUUGGUGUUUAAAGGAAAAUCUCACCAAGGAAUGGUAGCUGUCGAUGAUAUUCAUAUCAGUGACGGAAACUGUCCGGAUAUUGUAGUACCACCUCCUCAAACAACGGAAAAAUUCAUCUGCGGUAAUGGAUCACAAAUAAUCACCACUCCUGGCUACCCAAGUGAAUAUAGUAAUAACAUGGACGUAACAUGGACGUUUAGUACCCACCCAGGCAGCUUGCUCUCUAUUCAAUUCUACGAUUUUUAUCUCGAGGACUCCAGCGAUUAUAUCUAUAUUAGCAGUAACGGAAAACAAAUUUCCGCUCACACUGGUUCCAAUUUGCCACCAAUAACGGUGUCCACAAAUAACAAACUGACGAUUGUCUUUAUAAGUGAUGGCAGUAUAUCAUACAGAGGAUUUGAAGCUCAAAUAUCCAUCUAUCCGGCAACCACAGAUGGUAUUUGUACGGACUUCGAUGAAGGAUGGGACGGUUGGACUCACUUGUACCCCAGUACUAAUGAUCAAUGGCUGCGAUCGUCUGAGGGGAUCGAUGGAUCUGGUCGGGACAAUCGCUACUCUGCAUCAGACGAUUAUUACAUUUAUGUUGAAUCGUCUAAUCGGAACCGGUAUGGAUAUCUUGAAAGUCCAAGCACACCACCAACUUGGAGUAAAGCUUGUCUUCAAUUUUACUAUUAUAUGAGUGGAGACUCAGACCAAUACUUAAGAAUAAUUCAUUAUUAUAACAUUAGUGAUCAUUCAACCCUGCUUUGGAAUUACGACGACUUCAGCAGCCAAUGGAAGCAUGCCAGCGUAAGUUAUGAUACCAAAGACGGUUUUAACUUGGUGUUUAAAGGAAAAUCUCACCAAGGAAUGGUAGCUGUCGAUGAUAUUUAUAUCAGUAAAGGGCACUGUCCGGAUAUUGUAGAUGUUGUAUGUACUGAUUCCUAUAUGACAGUUUACUUGGAUUCGUCAGUUGAAAACGCCGACAAUGUUCACUUCAUUGACCCAACAUGUACUGCUUCUGGGUAUGUUAAUCGUAAUGGCAUUCAAUGGAUUUAUCUUCACACACGUUAUGAUGAAUGCCAAACAUCAAUGACGUCGACGGAGAAGUCUACAACCUACCACAAUCAAGUAAUGGCCUACGAAACAGAAGGAAUUAUCAGAAAUGGCGAUUUUCACAUUGCCGUGGAAUGUGAGCUUGACAAUAAAGGGCGAUCUUUGGUUGGUUUCCAUCCAGCGGGAGAGCUACAAGAUUUAUUUAAGCGAGAGUAUGCGAAUUUCUCGUUUACGAUGGAGCUUUACACUGAUGAAGACUACUCUACACCAUACCCAUAUUGGGAAUACCCUGUAGUAUUGAGUCUUGGUAGUAAAGUGUACGUUGGUGCAAGUGUGCAAACUUUCAGCGACGAUAUGGUUAUCUUUGUAGAUUCUUGCAAGGCGACACCUAUUCCUGAUAUGGAUGCUAAUCCACAGCACCAAUUAAUUGAAAACAAUUGUGGCGUGGACCCAACUAUUGAAUUCGAUGGCCAAACGUCCGCAGAUACAGCACAUGUGUUUUUCUCGUUUGAAUCAUUUUGUUUCAAUAACUAUCCUACGGUGUUUGUUCACUGUGAAUUGUCUAUUUGCAACGGGAGUGACUGGCGGUGUCAUAGAGACUGCGGCCAACGUAAACGUCGUGACUUCUCUGCACCCGAUAAAUUGUCUGACACCAUUCCGAUUGCUCUUGGACCUAUGAUACUGAAGAAAUCAGAGGACGACUCAAAGGUCAUCCUUGAGACCGAAGAGUCGACACAGAAGACAAUAUUUCCAGCGUUUUCUACAACACUGCUGCUUGCUGUUGGUAUGCAGGUAGUCCUGGUGGUAGGAUAUGUCCUUUCAAAAAGGGCUCGGUCAAAUACUAAGAACGUAUACCAAAGACUGGAGAACAACAUUGACGAAAUGUGAAUAGAGCUUUGAGAACAUGGAGGAGACUAAACUGAGGAUAUUUGCUUAAAUGACGUUAAAUGUUAUCCAUUUUGCUUGCUAUUUUGCGAUGAAUAUGCUUUGAAAUAUUUAGCUUUUAGUUUCAUUUGCAAUUUACCGAAUAAGAUUAAAUAAAAUUAUAAAAGAAAUUAAAAGAAUAGAUAUGUAAAAUCAUAAAAUCAAGUAUAUAAACACAUUAUAAAGGUAUAGAAUAGAUGUAAAGCCAUUGGGCGUACAUAUUUUAGUGAAGAAUAUCACAACAUUUUUAAAUCCAGCACUUGAAAAAAAAAAGAGUAAUGAUUUACAUGAAGAAUUUGAGAAUCUGUUUGAAUCGAAUAACAAUGUUUAUGAUUUCCAUUUACUCUUCAAGACAAAUCCAGAGGUGACGGAAAUAGAGGGUGCUGCGUUAUGCAGAGUAUAGCCUGGGUUCCAGUCCCUAAUUUUGGUUUAUUUACUUUUUAUUGCACUUAAUGCGCGCCACACCAAAUGUAAUUGGCGUCCCAUACUCGAUUUCUUUUUUUUCUCGAAUUAGCUGGUUACGAAUCAACCGAAGAUAAAAUUAUAACUGAACUUUAUUCGCUCGUUGGCGGCGCUGUCUAUAAUAAAGGAAAACUAUAACUAGCGACUUGUGACAAGUCUAUUGAGUGUAAUGUGUGACCGGAAAUGGUCUGCAGUCAGUUGGUUGUUACCAUGCGCCAGUGAUGGUGGA